AUGGCCAUGGCAGCCCCGCAACCACAGCAGCCCGAGCUGCAGAAUAUCUCGAAUCUUCUUGAGACACUCACUGCGUCUCUCUCGACCACCAGCACGUCCCUUCCGAGCGCCAAGCGCGAAUCGCCCACGGAAGUUUCGAUCCUUCCCCCGCAAGAUGGCAUCUCGUUGCUCGACACCAAAUGCGAUUUGCUGCUCUCAUAUCUCCAGAACCUCGUCUUCUUGAUGAUUUUUCAGCUGAGGGAGCUACCGUCAAAAGACGCUUUAGACGAGAAGGGUGAGGAUCAGUCAAUUCGAGCACAAGUCACAAGCAAAUUGAUCGAACUACGCACAUACUUGGAUCGCGGUGUUCGACCAUUAGAGGGGAGACUGAAGUACCAGGUGGACAAAGUCGUCAAGGCGGCGGAGGAAGCGGAACGAGCCGAGAAGAGUGCACAAGCCACCAAGCCGAGCAAAUCUAGACGCGGAGACGAAAGCGACAGUGAGGAGGGAUCCGCCUCGGACGAUGCUAGCGGCGUGGAAGGAAGCGAAAGCGAAACAGACGAAGACAUUGACGAGAUGGCUUACCGGCCCAACGUAUCCGCGUUCUCGAAGAAGAUGCAACCUGAGGCGGAGGCGGACAAGACUGCACGGAAAGCCUCGAGCGACGGCAUUUACCGACCACCAAAGAUCAUGCCUACCGCAAUGCCUACGACCGAGCGCAAAGAGCGCAGGGAACGGCCCACGCGCAGAUCCAAUGUUAUCGAUGAAUUUGUCAGCGCCGAGAUGUCCUCCGCCCCCAUGGCCGAGCCAAGUAUCGGUAGCACAAUUGUCUCUGGAGGUCGACACACAAAGAGCAGGAAAGAGAGGGAGCACGAGGCCGAGCGGACUCGCUACGAAGAAACCAACUUCGUCCGCUUGGCGGGUGAAAGCAAGAAGGAACGAGCCAAGAAGGCAGCAUCUCGUCGUGCCGAGGGGACAUUCGGAGGCGAGGAAUGGAAAGGCCUCACUGAGGGCGCUGAUCGCAUUACACGACUUACCAAGAGGGCCAAAGGCAGCGGCAAUGCGCUCGAGAGGAGCCGCAAGCGCAAACUCACAGAGGACGGGCAGCGCGGCGACGGCGUCGGAGUCGGCCAGAUCUUCGAGAAGCGCCGGAAGAAGGUCGAAUCCUGGAAGAAAUAG